AAAAACUUGAAACAACAACAAUAAAAGCACGUGUUUAGAUGAUUAUAGAUUUAUUUUGCACCUAACAAUACUACAACACUUAUUAAAGAAAUCAUUUAUCAUUUUUUUGGUUUGUUUUUUAAGCUGUGUGUUCGGAGGUUUAGUAUAUGAAGCUUGCAAAGACAAUGCACCUAGUGAAGCAUGCUUCGAUUGUACAGACUUUGUUAUUAAUCAAUUUUGUCAAUCAACAUGCAAUACAUGUGUUAACAUAAAUGGUACAAAUAAAUCUGUUAGUGCAACCAGCAUUCUUUUUGGUCAACCUCGAUCUGAUCUAAAAUAUUUAAUUGGUUACAAUGAUUCUCAAGAUUGCUUUUUGGAUAUGCGCAUCAAUGAUAGUUUUAUUUACUGUAAUCCAACCAAUUGGACUGAGUUUUAUCUAGUGGAUGUCCCAUCAACAAUAUCUCUGCCAUCAACUGAUCAAUUUCAAUUACUUUCUUCUGUUUCUCCUGGAUCUACUGUGUACUCUUUUUUUACAAAAAUAAUUUAUGUAUCGUUUGGUCGUUCAUUAUUUGGUCAAUAUUCUGGUUUUCCUACGACAAAUUUAUAUACAUUUCAAGUUAACCCCUCUUUAGAUCUAAAUUUAAUAAAUUUAGAAAUUCUAAUUUUACAAAACAGUUUUGAUUGUUUCAAUUUCAAUAGUUUAACUGUUCGCGUUUAUUUGUUAGUAUCUCAAGACACUUUAUUUAACAAUGUUUUUAUUGAUCUGCAAAAUAUGUUGUAUGAUUAUUCAAAGUUAUAUCUUUCAAAUGAACAAUUUCUGAAUUUUAAUUUGACUUCUGGACUCAAUAAAAUUGAUUUGCUGAAUCUCUAUAGUUUUGCUUCAAAAAAGUAUUUUGGAUCAGUGAAUUAUAUUGGUAUUAUUGUAAUGCCUGAAAAUAGAUUACCAGUUGAUUCUUAUUGUAAUGUCUACAAUAUUAAUAUUAAUUUGAAUAUUGCAUUUGGAACAGUUUCAAUUGCACCAGUCUUAUGGAAGUUGGCAAUAACGUUUAAUACUAAUAUAGAAUUGUUAUUUAACCAGAGUAUAAAGAAUCAUCCACUAACAUCUGUAUUUACAUAUAAAGUUAAUUUGUUUUCAAAUGUAGUUGUUUCAAGUUUGAAUUUUUCAAUUGAUAAUUCUAAUAAUUGUAAUGUCUAUAAUAACCUUAAAAUGAGUAUCUAUUUGCUUGUGUCUCAAGGCAUUCCAGUUAGCAGUAUAGAUGAAGUGCAAAAGUUGUAUGAUUAUUCAAUGUUGUAUCUCUCAAACAAACCAUUUGUAGAUUUUGUUUUACAGCAAGGAUACAAUAGAAUUAGUUUGGUGAAUCUCUUUAAUGAUGCUAAAAACAAUUAUCGUGGAAUAGUGAAUUAUAUUAGUAUUAUUGUAAUAUUUAAAAACAUUUCACAAAAUGAUGUUUAUUGUGAAGUCAACCAAAAUAAUGUUGCGUUGGUUAUAUCAUAUGGAAAAGAUAUAGUAUUUCAAGGAGCAGUUUCUUUUCAAUCUGUCAACGAUAACAAGUAUCUUCGACAUAGUAAUAUGGUUAUUAGACUUGACAAUUUUUUAUCAACAGAUUAUGCAGGUGAUAGAUCAUAUUAUAUCCAUCAAAAGAAUUCAUCUUUUUCAAUACAGUCAGCACAUCCAGCUUAUCUUUUACAUUUUAUUAGAAAAUAUAGCGAUAAUUUCAAAAUAUUGCAAAAUGCAAAUGUUCCAGCUUUUACUCUUGUUGUAACUAAUUUGAUGAUUAAAAAGAUCGAAAGCAUCAACAAGUAUUCUGUCAAUAUUACAAUAACCUUACCUGUUACAGUUUGGAAUUCAACAACAUAUUUUGAAAUUAAAUGCAACGAUUUAAAUGAUGUCAAUUUAUAUCUAAAACAGCUAAAGUUAGUUCUAAACCCUGUUAUAAGCUACAUAGCUAAUAUUUCUUCACUCCAAAGCUACACACUUUAUAAAUUUUCUGCAGGUGUAAAAAAUGAAUUUGGUUUCUAUGUUUAUGGGCAAGUAUUUCGCUAUCAAACAGAUGAAGAUGUUCCAGCUGGAUAUCCGCGUAACUUUACUUUUAAAGUAGUCAACUUUACAACUUUAUUUUUAUCAUGGGCUGAUGUUGAAAGUUUAAUGAGAAAGGGAGUUAUAUUAAAUUAUAUUUAUUCAUGUAACAACACUGAAAAUAGUUUAUCAAACAAAGUUGACAACAGUACAUUUAAUUUAACAGUGUAUAAUUUAAAUCCAGACACAAUUUAUCACUGUUCUGUUGCAGCAUGUACCAGAGUUGGCUGUGGUGUGCAGGCAUCUGUUUUUAAUAUCACAUUAGCUGGAAUUCCUAGUGGUCCUCCGCUCAAUUUUGUUGUUGCACCUUUCAGUUUCUCAUCUUUAUUAUUAUCAUGGGAUAAAGUUGAAUAUUCAAAAAGUAAUGGAACUAUUAAUCUUUAUAAAUACUCAUGUAGCAAUGAAAUAAAUACUUGGUACACUGUUGAUAAAAAUACAUUUCAAGUAAUAGUAGGCAACCUAGCUUUUAAUACAACUUAUAAUUGCACAAUUACAGCAUGUACAUGGGUUGGCUGUGGUGUUCAAUCAUCUUUAUUUAAUACAACUUUAAAUGGAUCACCGGAGGAAAGUGCCAACAUUACUUAUAUCCAUAACAUUAACUCAUCAUCAAUCAAUGUCAGUUGGAAUGAUAUCUCGUUUUCAAAAUGGGGCAUUCACGAAAAUCAAUUAUUUUGUUUAGAUAUAGAGAAUAGCUCACAGAUUGUAAAAACAGAAUGUGUUGAAUACGUUGGUAAACAUAAUACUAUAAUUAAUGGACUUGAUCCUUAUACAAAAUAUGCGGUGUUGGUAUAUUGCAAAAAUAAAGUUGGAGUUGGGUUUAAAGACAAUAAUAAAAAAAAAUCAGUUUUUACAGAUGAACUACCUCCAUUGGUUUCUCCUAAAAAUAUAUCAGUUGAUUCAAAUAGCACAAACAGCAUAUUGUUACAAUGGAAACCUCUUGAUCAAAACGAGUACUAUGGUGUUUUAACAGGUUACAGUAUUAUAGUUAAAGCUGUUUAUUCAGAAUCAGAUUUUAAAUUACAAAGUAAAAGAAAGAGACGCGGUCUUGACAUGCAAAUAUAUAAUGGAAGCUUGCUUUUAGAAUGGGAAACAAAUUUAAGCAAUCCUAAUGCAACAUUCUUUAACAUUACAAGUUUGUUUGGAAACACAAUUUAUAUAAUCAACAUAUCUGCUAACACAAAAUACCAAGGAAAAUUUAGCUCUGGAGUUCAAAUCAAAACCAAAGAAGGAGUUCCUCUUGUAUCUGCUGUCAAUCUUCAAUGUGAUAUAAUAACUGACUGUUCUAUUUCUAUACGUUGGCAACCAACUCCACCUGGGUACCUUCAAGGUAUACUUAUAGGCUAUACAUUGUCUUAUCAAAAAGUUGACACGGGAAAAAUUCAAUAUGAAUCCUUAAAUACAGAGUUCACAAGUUAUAAUGUAAUCAAUUUAAAUGCAUUUACUAAUUAUAACAUAGUAUUGAUAGCUUUGACUAAAAAUGGCGGUGGCAAAAAUUCACAAUUAACAUGCAAAACUGAUGAGGCAGUACCUAUAAAAGCCCCUACUGGUUUAACAGCCACAUCAUAUUACUACCCAGAUAAAACAAAUGUUUCAUGGAUCCACAUAAGUCAAAAUGAUUGGAAAGGAAGACCUCUUGGUUACACUAUAGCAUAUAAGCUUCUUAAACAAGGAGAUGUAGACAUUCCUAAUCAACCUUGGGUAAUGGUCAAUAUAACUUAUACAAACCAACCAAUGCACCAACUUGAGAACUUAGGACUAUAUUCUCAGUAUUCUCUUAAAAUAGCUGGUUACAAUAGGAAAGGUGUUGGAUCGUUUAGUGGUGUUAUUAAUUUUGUAACAUGUCAUAUCUUAAAUCCUGUUGUUGAAAUAAAUUACAUUUCUUUACCACCGUUUGUAAGUUCAAAUAAGUCCUCACAAUUUCCACCUGAAGGUAUAAUGAUUGCACCAACAGAACAUUCCUUGAAACAAUGCGCUGGUAUUUGUUCCUCUUUUUCUGAAAACAUUUCUUUUGCUUAUACAAAAGUACAAAAAACUAGUUUAGAGUUUGUUAAAAUGAGUUCAAAUAAAAUCAAACUUCCUGUCACAGUACCUGUACAAGUUUAUAAUAGUUCUUAUUCGUCAACAGUACAACUUUCAGGUUUUGUAUUUUUGUUUAUUCCAAGUAACACAUCUGUUCAGUUAGCUGAAAAUGAACAAAUAGUUUUUAAAAAUACUGCAAGUAGUUUGGCAACACUUGUAAUCUACAUUUUGUUAAAUUGUUUAUUUGGUGUCAUCUUGUUUUAUUGUCAAUAUCAAAAUUCUCAAAGAAAAAGUCAUUGUUUUACUUUGAGUGGUAUAUUUGAAGAAAUAUACUUUUCUAUUGUUACUAUUACGACUGUUGGUUAUGGUGACAAGAUUCCUUUAACAUUUUGUGGCAGAGUGUUAUUAAUAAUUUGGACAUUUAUGGGUAUUGUCUUAACUUCAAUAUGUGUUGGAAAUAUAAUUUCAGCUCUGACAGUUGAUGUUGUUAGUUCAGUCAUUGAUUUAUAUCCAAAAUAUAGUGUUAUUGCUAAGUUAGGAUCGCCUGAGUAUCUAUGGGCUAAUAAGAUAUCAUCAAUAAAUCUCAUUAAAGAUAAGAACUUCUCAAGUCAUUCAGAUGUUUUAGAUGGAUUAAAAGAAGGUCAAGCAAAGUAUGCUGUUUUUGAUCAAUACACAAUUGAAGCUUAUCGAGUUGUUAUGAUGCAAUUUAACAUAAAAGUUGCAAAAGUUUUUAAUACUGAUAAUUCUUAUUAUGGAGUGUCAUUGGGUGGAAAUUAUUCUCUACUUCAAUCUUGCAUGAAUGGUUUAUUAAAAAACAGCUCGGCUAUGGUUGCUUCUGCAAUGUAUGAUUUUAAAAUGGAUGCAAUGCAACAAUCCAACUCAACACACAUGAAGUUAAAAAAAACUCAAAUUCAACUUUUUAGUAUUCAAUCACCAAUCUUUAGGAUGAUGUUGAGUGGCAUGGCAUAUGUUCUACUAAGUCUUUUGAUUGCUGGUAGUGUAUAUGAAAUUUUAAGAAUAAAGUGGAUUAAAAAACCUCGAGUUGCACCCAGUUUAGAUAAAAAGCUUGCUUACUUACAAGAAAUGAAAAAUCUUUCUCAAGAAUAUCUAAUUGAAUUUCAUAAUAUGAUUGAAAGGUUGCAGAUAAACACUGAAAUACUUCUUUAUAAACAUGCUGAACAAAGAUAUAAAUUGAGAAAUAAAUUUUCAAAGUUAUACGGGGUAAACUUCAAAUAUGUAACUCUAAAUGAUCUUGGUGUGUCCUUGGAGCAGAUUGCCGAGUUUAGAGAGGAAAUUAAGCGUCGCCCGAAGAAAACUUGCUGGCAAAGAUUUUCAGAGUACGCAGUGAAGAAACUGUCGUGGUUGCGCAUCAAGAUUUUUAAAUAGUCAACAAAUGAAUAUGUAUAUUUACUUAUACACAUACUUACUUUUAACAUUUUUCUUACUCUGCAGGAAAUAUUGCUUUUUUUUUUAGUUCAGCAUCAAAUUAUUACCACUUUUUCUAAGUUGGUUUUAACGACUUAAUAGGUUAUUAAGUAGUACCAGUGUGAAUAGUUUAAAUAUACACAAUUUAUUUAUGUAAAGUAUUUAUGUUUAAUUAUACAAAAAAAGUUU